UCCUCCUGCGGUGGAUGCGGACGCCAGGAGGAGAGCCCCUGAGCCAGGAGCUGGGAGCUGAGGCGCAGAGAGCACGUAGCGACUCCGAAGAUCAGCCCCAAUGAACAUGUCAGUGUUGACUUUACAAGAAUAUGAAUUCGAAAAGCAAUUCAACGAGAAUGAAGCCAUCCAAUGGAUGCAGGAAAACUGGAAGAAGUCCUUCCUGUUCUCUGCGCUGUACGCUGCCUUCAUAUUUGGUGGUCGGCAUCUGAUGAACAAGCGAGCGAAGUUUGACCUGCGGAAGCCGCUAGUGCUCUGGUCGCUGACUCUGGCCGUCUUCAGUAUAUUCGGUGCUCUUCGAACUGGUGCUUACAUGGUGUCCAUUUUGAUGACCAAAGGCCUGAAGCAGUCAGUUUGUGACCAGAGUUUUUACAUUGGACCUGUCAGCAAAUUCUGGGCUUAUGCAUUUGUACUCAGCAAAGCACCCGAACUAGGAGAUACGAUAUUCAUCAUUCUGAGGAAGCAGAAGCUGAUCUUCCUGCACUUGUACCACCACAUCACUGUGCUGCUGUACUCGUGGUACUCCUACAAAGACAUGGUGGCUGGGGGCGGUUGGUACAUGACUAUGAACUAUGGCGUGCACGCCGUCAUGUACUUUUACUAUGCCUUGCGGGCUGCGGGUUUCCGCGUCUCCCGGAAGUUUGCCAUGUUCAUCACCUUAUCCCAGAUCACUCAGAUGAUGAUGGGCUGUAUCAUUAACUACCUGGUCUUCAACUGGAUGCAGCAUGACAAUGACUAGUGUUACUCCCACUUUCAGAACAUCUUCUGGUCCUUACUCAUGUACCUCAGCUACCUUGUGCUCUUCUGCCAUUUCUUCUUUGAGGCCUACAUCGGCAAAGUGAAGAAGACGGCGAAGGCUGAAUAGUGUCGGAGUUGAGGAGGAAGACAUAGCUCAGGGUCACCACGAAAAAUAAUAGACAAAAGAAAAUGGCACAAGGAAUCACACAUGGUGCAGCUAAAACAAAACAAAACAAAACAUAUAUAUGAGCAGACACAAAACCCGAGGCAGCUUGGGAGUAAUGAUUAGCUUGACUUAACCCAGUAAGUUUAUGAUCCUUUUGGGUGAGGACUCACUGAGCGCGUCUCCAUCUCAAAGUAGUAUUGCUGCUGAGGGACCCCUUCCCUCUUACCUGUCAACUCUAGAACACCCUUGACCCAAAGGGAGCCACAGGCAGAGAGAUUAAUGGAAAACAAGCAAAACACUAUGGGAAGAGGUGGAAAUCGAUUCAGCGUUUUUUUUUCUCUUAAGGAUAAAGGCGUUCCCCUUUUCAAACUAUGCGAGCACACACACACACACACACACACACACACACACACACAGACACAAUCCUUUGUAUCUUUUCAACAUGAAACCAGAGCUGGUAGAAAAGAUAAACAUGGAAGAGACACAGGGUUUCGCAAUGAUUUUGCAAAAAUCAAGACCUUCUAAAGAAAGGUUAGCUAGUAGCCCCUUGAUAAAAGAUGUCUUAAUUAUUUUUACUGCAGCUGAAAUUAAAAAGAUAGAUAUUUUCCCCUUCACCACACAGCCUCAGGCUACUGAGUUUGCUACAACCAAACAGAGGACAGUACUAUGUGAUACUUUAUUUCUGGGACAGUGGAAACCAUGCAUCCCAAAUCCCAAGAAGGUGGUCCCACGGCAGAGCUGAGCGUCACACUGACAACUGUUAUUUCUGCUCUUUGGUGAGGUUUGAAGCAUCCUUUGUUCGGUUGCCCAGGGCUUUAGGACAGAAGAAUAAAUGCAGAAUUGAAGGAUACAAGCUCACCCAGUUGACUUGGAAAUGGAAUCUUGUACUAUGUGUAAUGAAACUCAGCCAAUCACCACUGAGCUGGAAAAGGGGGAAGGACCAUGGGAAGAGAUGGGAGCUGAAGAUUCAUCCAGGAGACAGAUAAUACGUGCUCCUCCCCUCCUCGUUUGACUUCACGCAUACUCCUGGCUUUCCAGAUGAGGCCCCUGUGACACGGUCCCAUGCUUUCUAUAUUUCUGUGACUUUUCAAAAACAGAUCUGUGGGGCUCUGCCUGAUUUGGGGUAAACACUGUGUGUCUGCAUCUUCUGCAUUUGCUCCCUUAGCAAUGCAGAGGUGUAUGAAGUGCCCUCUGCUGGCCAAGUGAGAAACUUCGACAAACACACUUCAUAAUAGAUUGAAAGUAGUUGACCACAAAGGGCCUGUGUAGAUUAAUCCCUAAGUUUUAAGUGCUGUCAAACACCUGUCAUACAUUUGACCAAAUCAGAAAAGAACCUCUCUACUUCAAGUAAGCUUCAUUAGUUUUUAAAGUGACUUUCACUUGGGAACUCGGAAAGUCAGUGUAUUAAGAGCCAUAUUUAAAAAGAAAGAAA